UUAUAUUAGUGCAGAACACUGUACCUUUAAUUUAAAUGCCCUUGGAGUCUGCUGGGGAAGAGAACUAAUACUGUCAGUCAGUACGACAUGCAGAUGAGUGCCGUCGAUCUUAGAAUCACCGCACACUUCACUCAUUUGGGCAGUCACGGGGCCAAAACCAGAGUGUGGAGCCACAGUGGUGGCGGUGGAGGCAGCAGCAAUGGGAGGCCAUACAGCACCCUAUGACAAAAUGGAACCCACCAGCAGUGUGAGGAGACCUGAAAGUGGCACAUGGCAGAGUGUGGCGAUGGAGACAGCAGCAAUGGGAGGCCGUACAGGGACCCAUGACACACUCUGGACCUGGCAGCAGCAUGAGGAGGCGGUACAGGGGCCCAUGACAGAUUAUGGGCCUGGCAGCAGCAUGAGGAGUCGGUACGGGGGCCCAUGGCAGAUUACGGGCCUGGCAGCAGCAUGAGGAGGCGGUACAGGGGCCCAU